GUAGGCAGGUCUAGAAGGUUUUUCUGGUACUUGUCUCUUUUUUUGUAAUAAAUGCCAAAUUAUUGUGUAAAUUACAAAACUUAAGGAUUAUUUACGAAAAGUUGAAUGAAUAAUAAUGAGAAUUAUAAAUUCAUCGACAUCGUAAACAAUACUUAAGAUCCUCUUAGUUCCUAUUAUCUUCGUCGUAUUUAUACCUACAAAGACGGCCCCACUUGGAAACUACUGGUAAAAAUGGCAAAAAAAGAUGCGGCUCAAAAAAAUGAUGCGGAUCCUCCGAAUGAUGCUAAGGGCAAAGACAAGGCAGACAAUGAUUGUGACCCAAAAGAGGAGAGCCCCGUGAAGGAGACUAUAAAUACACACAAACUGGGUAGAGUAAAUAAAUUCGCUAUACCAGCUGUGGCAGGACUAGCAGCAACAGCCUUAGCGCAUCCUUUCGACGUGUGGAAAUUUAAUAAACAAAUUAACAUAAUAGAAUCUGGUCCAAAAAUUUCAGUGUUGGAACGAUUGUUCAAGGAUAGAGGAUUGAGAGGUUUUUUGCCUGGUCUUUCUGCAAAUUUAAUAUCACAGGGAAUAUACCAGGUGGUUCGUAUUGGAACUAAUGGCAUUAUAACUAAAGAUUUGGAUUCUAUUCACGCAGAACCGCAAGAGAUUAAUGAUCAUGCAAGAGCACAAUUAGUGGCCAAUAUGACGGGUGCUUUAAUGUCAACACCCGCUGAAUUGGCAUUAGUAUCGAUGGCAACUGAUCGACAACAGCCACCACGCUUUAGAAAAUAUUAUUCUGGUGGUUACAAUUCUAUGUUAAGAACUUUACAAAAUGGUGGUUUAACUGCAUCAUUUCGAGGAGCUGUUACAACUAUCGCUAGAACUGGUUUAGCUUCUAUGUGCAAUUUUGUUAUUUAUAACAAGGUUAAAGCAUUUUUAACUGAUAAGGGAUUGUUGAAAAAUGAAGCUUCCAAAAUAGUGUCAGGUCUUGUUUUGUCAAGUAUUGUGACGUCAUUGGUCACCUUACCUGUAGAUGUAUUAAAAACCAGGUAUCAAACAAUGAGAACAUGUGGCGGUCGACCUGAAUUUUGUGGAAUUGCCCCAUUAACAAUUAAUCUAGCAAAGUGUGGUGUAAGCAACUUUUUCCGUGGUUUUCUCCCAUACACAUUACGUAUAGCUGUAUUUAAUUUUGCAUUUGUUGGACUUUUUAAUGCAUUACACAAAGCACGUAAUUGGAUCGUUGACGAACCAGAAGAAAAAGAACCUCCUCCAGAAGAACCAAAAGAGGAACCACCGCCACCAGAGGAAGACCUUAAGGCUAAAAAGGGGGGAGGAAAGGGUAAAAAGAAAAAGUGGAGAAUUUAAACUGAAAAUAUAAUUUCUUUUGUAGUAAAUUAAGAUGACAUAAAAUAACCGCGAAAAUUAGGUAUCGACGAAAGGGCUAAACGACGAACGAUAAAGAACGAUUGGCAUGAUAGACAAUUUUAUAAUCAUAUACGUUAUAGCAGGAUGCUAUAUCGAAUUUAUAAAACUAUCUCUACUUAGUCCAUGUAAAACGUUAAAUAACAUAAUAUGGAGUCAUUAUGGAAAUGGGAAUAGUAUUUGUAGAAUGUAGGCCAUCAUUUUGAAAGGAGAAAAAAAUUUAAUAAGUUUUUAAAAUACUCCCUCUAAGGAAAAAAUUUGUUUCUAUAAAAACUUAAAAAUAAUCUUAAACAAAUAUUUAUGGAUCCUCAAACAUUGCGACUCUGAUGGCACCAAUUUCAGAUUGAUGCAUCCAUUAUUUUUUUUUAAUUACGUUAAUAAUUAUACUGUAUAUGAUUUGUGAAAUUGCUAAG